AAGGUCGUUUUGUGUCCAAACUCACCUCAUCACGACGGCACACGUUAGAGAUGCCCUCACGACUGCCUAGUCAAAUGAUGUCAGUCAGAUUGCUGUCCUCAGAAUCUCGGACUGUCCCGCGAGUGAUCCCCGUCACCCGCCGUCAACGUCGGCAGCGACCGACAUCUAACGACAGGACGAGCGCCGAGAACACCGUCGCCGCCACCUCCACCCCUCAGGACACGAUUCAUUUGCAAAUAGCGCCCUGCAGAGCAUCACCCGCCCCCGGCACUGGCCGUCCGGCGCGUGUAGCCCCAUGGUAGGACCGGGUGGCCUGUAUAAAGCGAGCCGGCCGCAGCCGACCGGUUGCACUCUGCUCCGGUACUCGAGGCACUCAACAUGGCGCUGACCCAGAUCUUCUUGGCGCUGGCGGUGUCGUCGGCGGCGGCGGCUCCGAUGGAGGGUCUUUCCAACACCUACCUGCCCCCUCCGCCUUCCUCUCCACCUGAGACGUACCUGCCCCCCACCACCCCCUCCCCUCCGCCGGAGACCUACCUGCCCCCCACCACCCCCUCCCCGGAGUACCUGCCGCCCCCUCCGAGCAACGAGUACCUGCCGCCCCCUGAGAAGGAGUACCUGCCACCGCCAGCCGACGACCUGGGUCAGGCGGAGGGUGGAAUCAUCGCCGACACUCCGGUGGACAACUCCCUGAGCGAGCUGUCCGGACAGGACGCCGGACAGGACGGUGGAGAGAGUGCCGGAGGAGAGAGUGCCGGAGGAGAGAGUGCCGGAGGAGAGAGUGCCGGAGGACAGAGCGCCGGAGGAGCAGGAUACUUCGACGACGGCCUAUACCACCCGGAACAGUACAACAGCGGCAAAUACGACCCCAACGCUGGCAAAUUCACCGGAGACGACGGCCAGUACCACCCGGAGAAGAUUGAGUUUCCGCCCAUCGAGGACUUUGAGUUCGCCUACGCCGUCAAGGACAAGGAUUCGGGCAACGACUUCGGUCUGUCGGAGACCAACAAGGGCGGCGUCUACAGGGUCCUGCUCCCCGACGGCCGGAUACAGAUCGUACAAUUCGUCAUCGACAGCAGAGGAAUCUACCGGAGUAGGAUUACUUAUCUUCAGCCGGAGGAUUCUCAGUGAGCAACUCUGCUCUGCUGCCAUCUAUCGGCAAAAACUCGAACUUGUACCUGCACCAACGGCCGGCGCUGCGCCGCGGGGCCACUGUCGGCGGGUACGGGACGCGCGGGAUCGCACCCACGCCUUGGAGUGAGGGAGGAACCCGUCUCUGGAUCUGAGGAGUCUCUCGAACCGGAUGAGUGGGCGCAGGUCGUCGCUGAGCGGUCUCAUCAGUAUGCCUCCUGUGAGCUCUCGUCUGGACAGUCGGGGCAGCGCGGAGUGAGAAUAUAACUUAUAGGACUGCUGCACGGCGCGAGAGAGUGCCGUCGCGCUCGACAGAGUGUCAUCAGUUAUGGGAUUGGCUGUAACUGGGAGGGGAUAGGAGCGAGUCCCUGCUCCCCGCCAAACUCAAGGCUCCGGGUGACGGGCCAGCCAGCGGUACAUGUCUGCAGAGUGGUAUCACGGGCAUAAUCGUUCGAAUUAUUGCAAAACAAAAGCCACAGGUGAAUCAAGUAAACAGCGACGUGUUGAAUUAGCAUCAGUCAAUGCCGAAUGAAGAAAGUCUGGAGAUUAACAAUGCAAUGACGCAAAUCGACGACAUUAAUCCAGCCCAUCAAAUAAUUCGCGGGUACGGCCUAGGGUAUGGAAUGUGUCAAUGUGCCAUGUUUGUACGCGCCACAAAUGUGCUUGUUUGUGUAAAAAUGUUAAAUGAUUGCUACAGGCAAGGUCAGCCAUUGUAAUGGGAACAGCUGUUGGCGUCGUUAAAAAAAGAAAAAAGCGAGAAGAGAAAGAAA